AUGAUAAAGGACUUGAAGAGAGAUAUCCGUGUCAAGCACAUGGAACUACAAACGGAAAUGGACAAUCAAAGAGAGAGCAUGGGCUAUGUGAAAAAAUUGAAAAAGUCAAAAAUAAAAACCAUUGCAUCAAGAACCAACUCCGAUCAAGAGGGGCAAGAGCAUGUAGAGCAUCUAGAGCAUACGAUGCAUUCACAGCACGCACAUCAGAAAUCGAAACCAAAGGAGGUAAACACUGAGGGACUUGAAGAAGACCUUCUCGAUUUGGACUACGAUUAUGAAGAGCCCAAGAGUCACGACUCCAUCAAUACUAGUUCCUAUGUAUCCGACGAUGACAACGCAGAUCAACAAAAGUACCCCGGACAUCGCAAGAAAUCCCAGCGUCUCAUGGAAAUCAGAGAGUUCUUGACGGAAAACCGAAGGGUACCGGAACGAAGGAUAAAUGAAGACAAUUCAAUGAGACUUCAGGAACGAUGUUCGGUCUGUUCCUUCUGCUUAGCGAAAGGAAGACAUUAUUCAGAUAGCUGUCCUACAUGUGCCAGCGUAAAAUCCUGA